ACAACCCAAAACAAAGCAGUCGUGUCCCAGUGUUCAUUAAGGUUUUGGAUGUAAAUGAUAAUGCUCCAGAGUUCGCCAUGUUUUAUGAAACCUUCGUCUGUGAAAAUGCAAAGGCAGAACAGCUGAUACAAACAUUAAGUGCUGUUGAUAAAGAUGACUCCUACAGCGGACAUCAGUUUUCAUUCUCCUUAGCUCCUGAGGCAGCCAGCAGCUCAAACUUUACACUACAGGACAACAGAGACAACACAGCAGGGAUUUUCACCCGAAAAACCAGAUAUAACCGGCAUGAAAUGAGUACCUACUUCUUGCCAGUGGUAAUAUCAGACAAUGACUACCCUAUCCAGAGCAGCACUGAAACCGUGACUAUUCGAGUAUGUGCUUGUGACCAUCGAGGAAAGAUGCUGUCCUGUAAUGCAGAGGCCUUGAUUCAUCCUACUGGUCUUAGCACUGGGGCUCUUAUUGCCAUUCUUCUCUGUAUCAUUAUAUUACUCAUUACAGUGGUGCUGUUUGCAGCACUAAGGCGGCAGCGGAAAAAAGAGCCUUUGAUUAUUUCCAAAGAAGACAUCAGAGACAACAUUGUCAGUUAUAAUGAUGAAGGUGGUGGAGAGGAAGACACCCAGGCGUUUGAUAUCGGCACGCUGAGGAAUCCCGAAGCCAUAGACGAUAAUAAAUUACGCAGAGACAUUGUGCCGGAAACACUUUUUAUGCCACGGCGGACUGCAACAGCACGAGAUAACACAGAUGUCAGAGAUUUCAUUAACCAAAGGUUAAAGGAAAAUGACAUAGAUCCAACGGCACCCCCCUAUGACUCGUUAGCAACCUAUGCAUACGAAGGUAAUGGUUCUGUGGCCGAGUCCCUCAGCUCCUUGGAAUCAGUGACUACAGAUGGAGAUCAGGACUACGAUUACCUGAGUGACUGGGGGCCUCGGUUUAAAAAGCUGGCAGAUAUGUAUGGUGCAAUGGACAGUGACAGAGACUCUUAAUAUGCUGCCUUUUCUUUUUUUUUUCCUCGCCCUCAUUUUCAGAAACAGCAUUGAGAUAUGUGAAGUGGCUAUUUCUUUCUAUUUCUCCACAGCUGUGUGAAAGGGUUCUCUGCUCUACCCAUUUGAGUUGUCUAAUGACUGCAGUCUCUGUGGAUCAGCUGUCAGAAAACUUUUUCUAGUAUCAUUUUACGAGCUUCCAAGAGGCAAAGUUCUUAUUUUUUAGUGCAUCCAGUUUACCAAGCCAAUCGUACAGGCACAGC